GCCAAUCGUGUGUAGUGUGUAUCAGAACCCUAUUCGCUGCAACCUGCCGUACGUAGUUUACAGUGUAUACUUCAUCACAUGAACCCAAACAGGCCGUCUCCUCUAGGGUAGGGUAGUAGGCCCGACAUGGUUAUGGUUCGCUAUGUGCGAUUACUGCAAGUACUGCGAUUGACCUUCGCCAAAGCUGCCAGUUGCUGGGGCUGACUGCAAAAACACUGCUGAACCACGUCGUCUCACAUUACGGUGUUUGCCGCCAGACUCGCGACGGCAGUGCCGGCGACAUGUCCAUGUUCAGCACGGGCGUCCUGGUGCUCACGGCGCCGCUCCACACGCUGCCGCUGCGCAUCACGCCGGUGCUGAGCUCGGCGGCGCGCGUGGUCCAACACACGCUGUACGUCCACCUCCACCCGGGCCUCAACCUGUCGGCCUGCGGCGGCGGAGGGAACCAGCCCCGGCCCGUCUUUAUCCCGCCCGUCCCCGACCUGUCCAAGGCCAUCUCCCGCCUCUACAGCAACGCGGCCGACGUCUGCGGACACCUGGACGUGCGCGUGUUGCUCACCAACGUCCGGGCCGCCCAGGCGCCGGACGUCCAAGCGCCCGGCGGGAGCGUCGGCCCGUUCCCCGCGCCCCAGCUCCUCUCCCAUGCCCCGGAGGUGGUGCUGACCGACUACCCGCUGCAGGACGCGGAGCAGUCGUCCCGGGUGGGCCAGUGUCUGCAGCGCUACGCGGGCCACUGCUACGUGUGCAGCCCCGCGCUGGCCUCAGUGCUGCUGCAGCCCCAGCUGGAGGAGCUGCAGGCCGCAGAGGAAGAGGAGGAGGAGGAGGGGGAGGGGCAGGAGGGGGGCCGGGGGGGCCCCGGCAGGGGGGCGGAGCCCCUGGAGACGUACAACGACGUGGUGGUCGGCGGCACCUUCGACCGGCUCCACAGCGCCCACAAGACGCUGCUCAACAUCUCCUGCAUGCUGGCCAAGCGGCGCUUCGUGAUCGGCGUGUGUGACCAGGAGAUGCUGAAAAGGAAGGUGCUCAAGGAGCUGAUCGAGCCAUACCCGGUGCGGGUGGAGCGGCUGACGGAGUUCCUGCGGGACGUGCGGCCCUCCCUGCAGGUGGAGAUCGUGGCCCUGGACGACCCCUUCGGCGUCUCUGUGGUCGACCGCCAGCUGCAGUGCAUCGUGGUCAGCGAGGAGACUCGGCGGGGAGGCGAGGCCGUGAACGCCAAACGCCUGGAGAACGGUCUCCCAGGCCUGGUCCUGCAUGAGAUCCAGCUGCUGAAGGACGCCCACCACACGGAGACGGAGGAGGAGAAGAUCAGCUCCUCCAGCCUGCGCUCCCGCCUCCUCGGCACGCUGCUCGCCCCGUCCAAGGACGCCUCCCACCUCCCCGCUCUCCCCUUCGUGAUUGGUCUCACGGGGUGCAGUGGCAGUGGGAAGAGCUCCAUCGCCGGUCGGCUGGAGGCGCUGGGUGCGGCCCGCAUCGACUGCGACGGGCUGGGCCACCUCGUGUACCAGACGGGGUCGGCAGGCUACCACCGCGUGCUGCAGGAGUUUGGCUCUGAUCUUCUUAACGAGGACAUGUCCAUCAACCGGCGGGAACUUGGAAGGAAGGUGUUUGGGAGCAAGGAGCGGUUAAAGGCGCUGACGGACAUAGUGUGGCCUGAGAUCGCCCUUCUGAUUAAGGAGCAGAUUCAGCAGGCCAGGGAUCAAGGUAAAGAGGUGUGUGUGAUGGACGCAGCGGUUCUGCUGGAGGCGGGCUGGACAGACAUGGUCCAUGAGGUCUGGGUCACCCUGCUGCCGGAGGAGGAGGCCGUGUCCAGGAUCACGGAGCGGGACGGGGUGAGCCGGGAGGACGCCCUGCGCCGCCUCCGGAGCCAGCACCCGACCGGCCAGCAGGUGGAGCGGGCCAACGUGGUGCUGAGCACGCUGUGGGAGCCCGCGGUCACGCAGAGACAGGUUCUCAAGGCCUGGAACCUGCUCCAGGAGAGAAUCGUCCAGAGACGGGCCGCUCACCAGGACCCGCUCUGAAGACUGUAAGACUGGGGGGAGCUCAGCGCUGCACUGUUCAACAUGAGGGAGUUCUGCCUUUUUAUAGAGCACACAUCUGAGUCAACCCACCAAUCACAGCAGGCCCUCAGUGGUCACGUGACCAAGGCAGGGUGUGCAUGACAUGUGAAUCGACAGGUUUUUAAAUGGAAAGUUUUUUUUUCUUCAAAACGACAAGGCCGAUGGUGAGGAAUGUUAAACUGGGGAUGUGGAACUGUUGGAGUUGCUUUGGCGAUGAAGAGGUACUGCGGCCGUUGGUGGUCAGAAGGCUCAGAGAUCACCCUGUGGAUAUUAACCUGAGUCAACUGAACAUUUUAUCACAUUUAGUAGAUCCUAACCCAAAGAUUAGAUUUGGAACAACUGCUGACACUUUUUACUAAAAUGAAUUCUGUAAUUAAUCAAAUUAAAGAAGUAAAUAUAUAUAUAUACUAAGAUUGUAGUAAUGUUACAGCAUAAUGUAACGAUAAAUUACCCUAAAAAUUAUUAAACGGAGAAUGGGUC